AUGGCGGUGUUGCUGGAGAAAUCAACUAAAGAGCGGCUUCUCAGUGUGUUGGAUGAUUUGGUGGUUCUGUCCAGGGAGCUGAUUGAGAUGCUCGCUCUGUCCAGAACACAGAAACUACCACAACCCGGAGAGGACUCGCAGAUCUUGGAGCUGCUGGUGCAGAGGGACCGAGAGUUCCAGAUGGGAGUGGUGCAGCAGCAGGGGAAGGUGCACCAGGAGAUGCAGCUCCUGGAGAAGGAGGUGGAGAAGAGAGACAGAGACAUCCAGCAGUUCCAGAAACAACUGAAGGAAGCAGAACACAUCCUGGCCACUGCUGUUUAUCAGGCAAAAGAAAAACUCAAGUCCAUUGAGAAAGCCCGGAAAGCAAGCAUCUCUUCUGAAGAAAUCAUCAAAUACGUUCACAGGAUCAGUGCCAGUAAUGCCGUGUGCGCCCCGCUCAACUGGGUACCUGGUGAUCCAUGCAGACCUUUUCCCACAGACCUGGAAAUGCGCAGUGGGAUGUUGGGUCACAUGGCCAACCUGCCAACCAAUGGUGUGAACGGUCAUCUGCCGGGUGAUGCGCGGGCUGCCGGGCGGUUGCCAGAUGUUCUGAUGCUGCACUACCCCUGGCACUCCUUGGACGCCUCUGUGGGGAUGCUGCCUCCUCACCAUGGCAACGACUUUGGCCUGGAGCCUCCGGGUCACAACAAAGAGAACGGGGACGAUGUGGAGGUGAUGUCCACCGAUUCAUCCAGCAGCAGCAGCGACUCCGACUGAAGGC